GACAAUCACUCACUCAGGAUGACACACCAUUAUCCAACACUUUCUGAGGCCCAGAAGAGGGAGCUGCAUGAGACCGCUCUACGCAUAGUUUCUCCAGGGAAAGGCAUCCUGGCUGCAGAUGAGUCUGUGGGCAGCAUGGCCAAGCGGCUGGCCCAGGUUGGGGUGGAGAACACAGAGGAGAACCGCAGACAGUUCAGGCAGAUUCUCUUCAGUGCAGACGAUCGCAUUAAUGCUUGCAUCGGAGGGAUCAUCUUCUUCCACGAGACGCUGUAUCAGCACUCUGAUAACGGCAUUCCCUUUGUCAAGACGAUCAGGGACAGGGGCAUCAUGGUCGGCAUCAAGGUUGACAAAGGUGUGGUCCCCUUGGCAGGAACAUCUGGAGAAACCACGACACAGGGUCUGGAUGGUUUGUCAGAGCGCUGUGCACAGUAUAAAAAGGAUGGAGCCGUCUUUGCAAAGUGGCGCUGUGUCCUCAAAGUCAGUGAUGCCAAUCCUUCCAAACUGGCCAUCGCAGAAAAUGCAAAUGUGCUUGCACGCUAUUCCAGUAUAUGCCAGCAGCACGGCAUUGUGCCCAUCAUAGAGCCGGAGAUUUUGCCUGAUGGAGAUCAUGACCUGAAACGAAGCCAGUAUAUCACAGAGAAGGUCUUGUCUGCAGUGUACAAGGCCAUGUCUGAUCACCAUGUUUACCUGGAGGGCACUCUCCUCAAACCCAACAUGGUCACAGCCGGACACAGCUGCCCCACCAAGUACAGCCCGGAGGAGGUUGCUAUGGCAACUAUCACUGCCUUGUGCCGCACUGUUCCCCCAGCGGUUACAGGAGUGACUUUUCUCUCAGGUGGUCAGAGUGAAGAGGAGGCCUCUGUCCACCUGAAUGCCAUCAACAACUGCCCUCUGGCCAAACCCUGGAUCCUGACAUUCUCCUUUGGCAGAGCCCUUCAGGCGUCUGCACUGAGAGCCUGGAGAGGACAUAAAGAGAACGAGAAAGUCGCCACAGAGCAGUUCAUCAAGAGAGCAGAGGCGAACAGUCAAGCAUGUCAAGGGAAGUAUAACGGUGCUGAUCACUACAGCGAGGUUGGACAGCACAUCUACGGUCCCUGUCAUGCAUACUGAUUGGUUUUUAGGAGCUACAUUUCAAUCAGCAUUGUGUUCUUCAUUACCACGACAAGGACAAAUCAUCGUCCAAAUACUCUAGUUAUAUUAAGAUUCUAACGCUCAUGAUUAUGUUACAUGCAAACAAAUAACGGUGUGUUUUCUUGCCUUGACAAAUGAGGACAAUCAGAACAUGGCCUUGAGUAUUUCUAAUGCAUAGAUUGAAUGAAACAUGUUUGUGUAUUUGUUGUUAUAAAUGUACUGUAUGCUAUUGUGUCAGUGACAUAUCUACAGCAUAGUAUCAAAUUGAAUAGUGUACCAUAAGCUGUAAGUAGACUGAAUUCUAGCAGCAUUAAUUUAGAUUGCGGCGUUAUGAAGCCCCUAAGGAGGAAAGGUUUAGUGAAAUCCUGCAAAAGUUACUCUGAAAAAACAAAUUUUAUUUUUCCUCCAUGUCCCUUAAGGGCCUCCAUACAGCACAGUUAAUUAGAAAUAGUGGAAAUUGCUGAAUUUGCUGUACUGUACCGUAUCUGCAUAGAGGCCAGGGUUUAGAAGCACAGACCUUGUCAUGUCAUAAUGCUGUAUUACAGGAUGUAAGUUUGAAUAUCAUUUAGAAAUAUUGACUGUUGGGAUUUCCUCCAUACUGUGUUGUUUGUGUUAUUUCUAAUUAUUUGUAACUCUUUAAGGCUGUUACUGUUAAACGAAAAAACGUAUUUAAAUGCAAAGAAUCUCCAAAAUCCUCAUGUUUCCUCUACUUCUUGAUUGAACAACAGGUGACAGAUUGUGAAAACAUGCUGGGACAUUUGACCUUAUUUAAAGUCAAAACAUACUGUUAGACAACAGCUAGCAUAAACAUUCAGCCACUUACUUACUAGUGCUGUGUAAGUUUGGAACUGGCUGAAAGCUUGCACCAUACAAAAUAUGGAAUUCAUAUGUAAAGCAGAGUUUUUUCAGAAUGUAACUAAUAUAAUUUAAUAAGACAGGUAUCAAAUGUGCUUUCAUUUCAAAGGUGGCUAGAUUUCUCUCUGGAGAAGCACUAAAAUUAAUUGGAUUGGUACACAUACAUUACAUUUAUUUGCUUUAAAAUGUUGUAAACAAAAGUUUGAUUCAUUUGAGCUUCACAACCUCAGCUUGACUUGGUCAAUAUGUGAAAAAAGAUUCUAUGUACGUCAGUGUACUUUCAAGCAGAGAAACAUCUUUUUGAGUGACUAUUUCAGUUUUGUGGAUGACCAUCCAAAAUUAGAAAUAUUAUACCAGUAUAAUAUUUCUAAUAUUAAUUCCUCAAGUAUCAUCUAUGCACAACAAUAACUUACAAUAUAAUGCAGUUUUGUGUUGUCAUUCUGAAUUGUAUUCUGUACUUGGGUUUGUAUCAUAGGAUGUUAAAAUGUAAUCAU